UGAACUGAUGUGUGAAAAUGAUAUAAAAUGCUUCAGGUUGCACAACGAUUCUGAACUUGAUGAAAUAUUGAAGUGAGCCAAGAUGUUGACUAACAAAGUACUAAUAGUACUAUCAGUGACUGCUCAAAUCUUGAUAUUUUCAACAGAUACAGAUGCUGCCUGUGAGGUACCACCAGAGCUUCAGGACAAAGAUUGGGAAUACAAAUACACAGAUGUGUCGACUGGAGAAUCCAUGACAAAAACCUUAAGUUUUGGCUCUACAACCAUAGAACAAGGCAUCUCUUUACAUGUUGAGGGAUCAGAACUAAACUCGUGGACAUGCCUAUCUGAUUUAACUAUCUCUGAUACUGAAUCCAUUGCUGUAUUCAAAAGUAACACUUUCGAUAUGUUCCCGGAUUUUGGCAGACGGUUAUAUCUUUGUAUGAGAUUCACAAAAGUUACAGAUAAUCUAUUUUAUUUUCAUCUGAUGUCGGACAAAAAUAGCUUAGUAACACCAAAGGAAAGGGUAUUCAGUCCUCCCUUACCAGAACCGGAUGCAAAUGAUGAUGUAUGUAGUACGUUCUGUUCUUACGGAGAUCCAAAGCCAAUGAUUCGAACUCUUCGCAAACUAGACACCACUGAUACGUUACCAGUUGAUGCAGAUCUUUGUGAAAAUUGUGGCGAUUCCUGUAUUGCCUCGGAUAAGCUGCCAUCUAUCCAGUCAUCGAUAACGCUAGUUGAUUGUAUAAUUACGGGGAAAGAAGUGCCGUUUGCAAAAGUGCCUGCCAUCAGAAGCUACGGGUACAUGGAGUCAAUUACCUACGAUUGUAUAACUGGUUAUGAAAUUCAAUCUGGCAACGUUGUACGUUUUUGUGAUGCUGACGGAACAUGGAGUGGAGAAACACCGGUUUGUGAUAUCGUGACCGAUGAAUGUGCCACCGAACCUUGUGUAAAUGGUCAAUGCUUUGACGGUGUUGCCAGUUACACUUGUUCUUGUGAUACAGGAUAUGAAGGGACGAACUGUGAUCAAAAUGUCGACGACUGUGACCCGAAUCCUUGUUUAAAUGAUGGGGAAUGCUCUGACCAAUUGAACAGUUACACUUGUAAGUGUGCUGCAGGAUAUCAAGGACAAAAAUGCGAUAUAGAUAUCGACGACUGUGUCAAAGAGCCUUGUUUAAAUGGUGGUGAAUGCAUUGACGAUGUUGACGAUUACACUUGUAAUUGUGCUGCAGGAUAUGAAGGAGAAACCUGUGACAGAAGUAAGAUACCUUUUACAGUUUUGAUUGAAGAGAUCUAA